GUGUGUCAUUUUAUCAACUUUUCUGUUAUUCUGUUUUGUUUCCAACAACAUAUUCGGUAUUUUUUAACUAUAUUCUUAUUGUUCAUUUUAUUAUUUCUAUCGUGAUUAAGCACAGUUUGUUAGUUACCUUCUUAUUUCGUUAAUUCUUUUGUUAUUAUGAAGACUUUGGAGUUUAGUACCUAACAAACUGUACAGAUUUUUAAAUAAUUUUUAAACUUAUUUUUUUAGUGCUUUAUCGUCUAAAAAAUGCUUUGUUUACCAGCAGAGGCAAUACUUGAUGUUUUUAAAUUCCUCAACUAUGAACAAUUAUGCUCAGUCAAACAGACGAAUUUUUGUCUUCACGAUUUCAUUAAUUAUUUUCAAGAAGAACUUGCUAAGGAGAAAUUAUGUCAAAUUUAUAUUGUAAUAUUUUUUGAUAGUAAAGAAGCUAGGGGGCUAUAG